AGAGAAGAAAAGAAAAGGUGAGAGAGUGAAGAGUCAACCAAACUAUGCUUGGCUGUUUAUUAAUUGUGAGGCUUCGAACAUUACACAUCUCUUCUUUCUCUGUCUGAACAAAUCUGAAACCGCUUUUCGUCUUCUUCUUCGAACUCUUCUUGAACAUGCACAGAAGCAACCAACUUUCAUCCAUCUUACGAGAAAAACAAUAAUUUAGUGUAGUGAUUUGUGGAUAUUAAUAUAUAAAAUUAGUACAUUUAUCCGUUUUCCGGGAUUCAUCAAUGAAUUUCGGCGGUUUUCUUCAUCACGACGACGAUAAAUCCUCCGGCGGCGAAACCGUCGGUGGUGGAAACCAUUUCUCUUCCGCGGCGGAUGGCCUCGUUAAAUCCGUCUUCUCUUCUCCUCGUCUCUCUCUUGGUCUCCAAACGAAUGGAGAAAACAACGGUGGAGGAGGAGAAGUGGGUAGAAUCGGUGAGAGUUUGGAGGUGAGUGUAAGUCGCACAAGUCCAGAGAGCAGAUCUGGAAGCGAUAACGCCGAAGCACUCUCCGGCGACGAUGACGUAGACGCUUCUGAUCAUAGACCUUUUAAGAAGAAGAAACGUUACCACCGACAUACUCCUCAGCAAAUACACGAACUCGAAUCGGUUUUCAAGGAGUGUCCUCAUCCCGAUGAAAAGCAACGGCUCGACCUUAGCCAUCGGCUUAACUUGGAUUCUCGUCAAGUCAAGUUCUGGUUCCAAAACCGCCGUACACAAAUGAAGACGCAAAUUGAACGCCAUGAAAACGCUUUAUUAAGACAAGAGAACGAUAAGCUCCGAGCGGAGAACAUGUCUGUACGGGAAGCCAUGAGGAAUCCAAUGUGCGGUCACUGCGGUGGCUCCGCCGUUCUCGCCGAGAUCUCUCUCGAAGAGCAUCACUUAAGGAUUGAGAACUCACGCCUCAAAGACGAACUCGACCGUAUCUGUGCCUUAGCCGGGAAAUUCAUUAACCGGUCCGACGACCAAUUACCAAAUUCCGCUCUCAGACUCGUCGUCGGUUCAAAAAACGGUUACGGUGGUGGUGACGGAUUCACUCUCGUCCCUCCUCCUGGAUUUGAGAUGUCUUCUUCAUCUCCUUUCUUCUCCGGUUUAGCAGCUCCGGUUAACCGUAGCGGUACGGAUGUAGCAACUAGACUCCAGCAGAAGUCAUUGUAUAUGGAAUUAGCCCUUUCCGCCAUGGAAGAGCUUGUGGAAAUGGCGCAAACAAGCGAGCCACUUUGGAUCCCGAGCUCGAAAGGCAAACGCGAAUCGCUUAACCGAGAGGAAUACGACAAAAAAUUCAGCUCUUGUAGUGUUGGUCCUAAACCGGACGGUUUUGUCUCAGAAGCUUCUAAAGAAGUUGGAAUGGUUAUCAUCAAUAGCUUAGCCCUCGUCGAGACCUUAAUGGACUCGGAACGAUGGGCGGAGAUGUUUCCAUGUAUGAUCGCAAGAAAUUCGACUACCGAAAUUAUCUCUAAUGGUAUGGGAGGGACAAGAAACGGUGCUCUUCAUCUGAUGCAAGCAGAGCUUCAGUUGCUAUCACCUCUUGUGCCGGUUCGUCAAGUAAACUUUUUAAGGUUCUGUAAACAACACGCAGAAGGUGUUUGGGCGGUCGUUGAUGUCUCUGACGAUAAGAUAAGCGAUCGAGGCGGUUCAGCCUCAGGUCGGUCUUCUCUGAGCUGUAGAAGGCUACCCUCUGGUUGCCUUGUGCAAGACAUGCCCAAUGGCUACUCCAAGAUAACAUGGAUAGACCACAGCGAGUACGACGAGACCAAAAUCCACCACUUGUAUCGUCCACUAGUCAGCUCCGGCCUUGCUUUCGGCUCCAAACGGUGGAUAUCAACACUGCAACGACAAUGCGAAAGCCUCACAAUCCUCAUGUCCUCAACAAUCCCCAACCGCAACAUUAAACCCACACCCAUAAGCUCUACAGGGAAGAAGAGUAUGCUAAAGCUAGCCCAAAGAAUGACUGAGAAUUUCUGUAGAGGCGUGUGUGCUUCUUCUUCUCAAAAAUGGAGCAGGCUUGAGGUCGGUAACAUCGAUGAAGACGUUAGGAUCAUGACAAGGAAGAAUGAGGAUGAUUCCGGUGAACCGCCGGGGAUUCUUUUAAGCGCCGCCACCUCCGUGUGGGUCCCGGUUUCACCAAGACGGCUCUUCGAUUUCCUCAGAGAUGAGCUUUUGAGAUCGGACUGGGAUAUUUUAUCCAACGGUGGACCAAUGCAGGAGAUUGCCAACAUCUUCAAGGGCCAAGAUCACUCUAAUUCCGUCUCCCUCCUACGUUCAACUCAGGCGAUGAAUGCGAAUCAGAGUUGUAUGUUGAUACUGCAGGAGACUAGCAUCGACGCAUCUGGGGCGUUUGUUGUGUACGCGCCUGUCGAUAUCCCUGCCAUGCACUCUGUGAUGAACGGUGCAGAUUCUGCUUACGUGGCUCUGCUCCCGUCUGGGUUUGCGAUUCUCCCUAAUGGUCAAGGGAUGCCAGAAAACGAGUCGCUUCUCACGGUGGCGUUUCAGAUCCUGGUCAACUCUCUUCCCACGGCUAAACUUAACGUGGAAUCGAUCGAGACCGUUAAUAAUCUCAUAUCGUGCACCGUUCAUAAAAUCAGAGCCGCUCUUCGUUGCGACAAGUAGCUCGUUACUAAAUACAUGUAAUAUAAGGGUUUUUUUUUUUUUUUUUUUUGGGAGUCAAGAACGAACCAAGCCUUUAUGGUGGUCCGUUUUGAUGGUUCGGGUAUUGACUCACUUGGGAUUGAUUAUCUUGAAGUAAGUUUCGAUAGAAACAGAGCCUACAAGAUUCCGAGAGCAGAGUUAAGUAAGAUUCUCAAGAUAUUCCCAAUCACCGUUCAGUUAUGUAAAUCAUCACUUUAGCGAUUUUCCUUCUUCUGAUAGA